GUGUAUUACACAAGAAGGCCUUAACACAGGUGGUUUUUUUCCCCCCCUUCAUCGUUUACUUAGAAAGUUUAGGAAGUUAAUGAUUCCCCAUAUGGACCUCAGAACCACUGGGUUUUAGAAGAAAAUGCUACGUCCAAUGUUGCAUCAAAUGAUGCCAUAGCUGCUGCUGAGUUGGAACUAGAACCCAGGAACAUCAUCUGAGAUAACGGAAUCAUGACACUCGCAAACAGUGACCCGGAGAAUGUAAAUGGAUCAGUCACGGAAAUGAAACCUGCAAACCAGGCUUUGGAGGAUAAAGUUGACAAGAAGCUCCCAGCCAAAACAAAAACGCCACGGUGCAAGGGGAUCAAGGGCUUCCUUGCUGCUCUAGCCUUCACCUACUUCAGCAAAGUAUUUUCAGGUGCCAUCAUGAAAAGUUCCAUCACGCAGCUGGAAAGGAGGUUCGACAUUUCCUCUUCAAUAGCUGGCUUCAUGGAUGGAGGUUUUGAACUGGGGAACUUGCUGGUGAUUGCAUUUGUGAGUUACUUCGGGGCAAAACUCCACCGGCCCAGGAUGAUCGCCCUUGGCUGUUUUGUGAUGUCUCUUGGGAGCUUUUUAUCAGCAAUGCCUCACUUCUUCAUGGGAUAUUAUAGGUACGAUACAUCAUCACAUUCACAGGACAACUCAACUUCCAGCAUCUCUCCUUGCUUACCAAAUCAGACAGUUCCAGGAUCAGAUAGUGUCUUAGGGACAGACUGUACUAAACACAUUAAAUCUUAUGCAUGGAUUUUUGUCUUGAUGGGAAAUCUGCUACGUGGAAUAGGUGAAACACCGAUAACGCCACUGGGCAUAUCUUACCUUGAUGAUUUCUCUAGAGAAGAAGAUACUCCUCUUUAUAUUGCAAUUUUACACACAAUAGCAAUGAUUGGCCCAAUGGCUGGUUUUCUAUUGGGAUCACUAUUAGCCAGAAUGUAUGUUGACAUCGGCUUUGUGGAUCUGGAUACAAUCACAAUAACUCCAACUGAUUCUCGCUGGGUUGGUGCCUGGUGGCUGGGCUUUUUAGCCGGUGGUGCCAUCAACCUGCUUUGUGGAAUCCCUUUCUUGUUCCUGCCUAAAAGUCUGGACAAAGAAGGAGAAAGUGCCUCUGCCAAGAAAAAACUGGCUGCAGGAAAAAUGAAUGACAGCGGUCACGAAAGCCGUAUAUCCAAGCCUGAAAUUCCGCACAAACAUGGGAAGCCAAGCCUGAAAGGAUUCUUUAAAUCCCUGAAGAGGCUUUUGGGAAACAAAUGUUAUUUUUUAUUCCUGUGUAUAUCACUGCUGCAGUUCAGCAGCUUCAUCGGUUACUUGACAUAUAACCCGAAAUACAUGGAGCAGCAAUAUGGCCAGGCGGCAUCCAAAGCUAAUUUUGUAACAGCUGUUGCCGUUUUACCAGCCGUCUGCCUUGGCAUCUUUUCAGGGGGGCUCAUCAUGAAAAAAUACAAAUUGGGCAUGGUGGCGGCCACAAAAAUGGCAUUUACCUUCUCGUUUCUGGCAUUCUGCGUUUCGCUUUUCUAUCUGACCGUGGGCUGUGACAACCGCUCCGUGGCUGGGUUAACAGUCUCCUAUGAUGGGCAGCCAAUUGCUCGGGACACUGCGCUUUUAUCUGCAGAGUGCAACUCUCAAUGCAGCUGUGCUGCGAAUCAGUGGGAUCCUGUCUGCGGGGACAAUGGACUCACAUACAUGUCGGCAUGUUUUGCAGGGUGCAAAGAUGCCACAGGGUCGAGGAAAGAGACAGUUUUUCAUAAUUGUAGCUGCAUCGCAAAGGCCAAUUCCGUGGUGAGAAAUCACUCCUCAGCAAUUUUGGGAGAAUGUCCAAGGAGUGAGGACUGCUCAAGAAAUUUUAUUUAUUUCACAGUGAUAAAAACAGCAAGUUCCUUGUUGUAUGCUUUGGGAGGAACACCAUACUUCAUGUUGACGAUUAGAUGUGUACAACCAGAAUUGAAGUCGCUUGCAGUAGGUUUCCAUAUGCUUAUUAUGAGAGCAUUGGCUGGAAUCCCUGCUCCAGUUUAUUUUGGAGCAGUAAUAGACCGAACGUGUUUGAAAUGGGCAAGCCCUGGCUGUGGUCGACAAGGGGCUUGCAGGAUAUAUGAUUCUAUAUUGUACAGAUAUUUUUACUUUGGUCUGGCAUUUGCCUUAAGAGCGCCAUCCUAUAUUUUCUGCAUAGUGUUUUUCAUCCUCAUAAAGAAAAGAUAUGAAGGAAAAGAGGCUCAGUCUGCAGAAAAUGAGAAGAAAGAAGAGGUCCUUUUGAACGAAGAAGUUAAGCCAAAUGACCCUGAACUUACUGCAGGCCUGAAUUCAGAUGCAGACAAGGACACUUAUAUCUAGGACACUUAACAUUUAGGCCACCAUGCACAAUUCAUGAGAGCACCUUGGACAUACCAAAAAUUAAAUUGACAACAAAGAAGUAGAUUUCCGUGCAUUCGUUGUCAACCAUUCAAAAAAAGCAAAACAAAACUUCAUAAUAAUGGGAGGUGAUCCUAAACUGAUCUGAAAUUUGCACAUUUCUGUAUAUGUUUAUGCAUACAUGGAUGGAUGUCCCCAAAAAUCUGAAACAUUAAUUACUAGUGUUAUUUAUUCA